AUGCCCGUCUCCAUCGCCCGCCUGGCCGGCCACGCCGCGACACGCGUGGGCCUCCGCGCCGCCCGCCCACAGCUCCGCACCGCCCUCCCUACACGGCCCCUGCCCAGCGCGCGCUUCCUCUCCACCACCCUCGCCCGCCGCUAUGCCGAGGUCGACGACAGCCAGCGCACCCGCAUCGUCCCCACCAACGAGCACUUCACCGGCCCCGUCGCCCCCGAGGACGCAGAGGCCGACGCCGCGCUCGACGACGACGCUGCCGCGCUCGACGACCGCAAGAUCCGCCACUACACAGUCAACUUCGGCCCCCAGCACCCCGCCGCCCACGGCGUCUUGCGCCUGAUUCUCGAGCUCAACGGCGAGGAGAUUGUGCGCGCCGACCCCCACGUCGGCCUGCUGCACCGCGGCACCGAGAAGCUCAUCGAGUACCGCACCUACCUGCAGGCCCUGCCCUACUUCGACCGCCUCGACUACGUCUCCAUGAUGACCAACGAGCAGUGCUUCUCCCUCGCCGUCGAGAAGCUGCUGAAUGUCGACAUCCCCAUCCGUGCAAAGUACAUCCGUACCCUGUUCGGCGAGAUCACCAGGAUCCUGAACCAUCUCAUGUCUGUCCUGUCCCACGCCAUGGAUGUCGGCGCCCUGACGCCUUUCCUGUGGGGCUUCGAGGAGCGUGAGAAGCUCAUGGAAUUCUACGAGCGCGUCUCUGGCGCCCGUCUGCACGCCGCCUACGUCCGCCCUGGUGGCGUGUCGCAGGAUCUCCCCAUCGGCCUGCUCGACGACAUCUACCAGUGGGCCACCCAGUUCGGUGACCGCAUCGACGAGACCGAGGAGAUGUUGACCGACAACCGCAUCUGGAUUGGCCGCACCAAGGGUGUCGGUGUCGUCUCUGCUGCCGACGCCAUCAACUACUCCUUCUCGGGCGUCAUGCUCCGAGGAUCCGGUGUUCCCUGGGACAUCCGCAAGUCGCAGCCCUACGACGCCUACGACAGGGUCGACUUCGAUGUCCCCGUGGGUGUCAACGGUGACUGCUACGACCGCUACCUCUGCCGUAUGGAGGAGUUCCGCCAGUCCCUCCGCAUCAUUCACCAGUGCCUGAACGACAUGCCCGCCGGCCCCAUCAAGGUCGAGGACUACAAGAUCGCACCCCCGCCCCGUGCCGCCAUGAAGGAGAACAUGGAGGCCCUCAUCCACCACUUCUUGCUCUUCAGCAAGGGCUACACAGUGCCUCCUGGUGAGACCUACAGCGCCAUCGAGGCCCCCAAGGGAGAGAUGGGUGUCUUCCUCGUCUCCGACGGCAGCGAGAGGCCGUACAGGUGCAAGAUCAGGGCGCCUGGUUUCGCACAUUUGGCCUGCAUGGACCAGAUCUCGAGAGGGCAUCUGCUCGCCGAUGCUGUCGCCAUCAUUGGCACAAUGGACUUGGUCUUCGGAGAGGUAGAUCGGUAA